CCAAUCUUUCUCUCCACCGCCAUGUGAAGUCUGUCCCCUCUCUCUCUCUCUCUCUCUCUCUUCCAAACCUCUCCAAAUCCAAGCAUAGAGUCCCAAACCCCUUGCUCUCGCUUUGCCCAGUUCUCUGUCUUUCUUCAUCGUUAAUGGCUUCUCUGAGUGUUCCUAAGCUUCUAGCACUCUUCUCUUUUGUAAUAUUACUGGGUUUGUGUUCAUUCUCUGAUGCUCAGCUCGAUGAUACGAGCUUGAAGCUGAUGAGCGACGCAUUGGAAUGGCCAACCACAAUGUCAUUCUACGACGAGCUUGACGAAGGCGAUGAGGAGGAAGAAGACGUAGACGGUGCGUUUGGACGUAGAUCUCUCUUCUGGAGGAGAAUGAGGUACUACAUUUCUUAUGGUGCGCUUUCAGCCAAUAGAAUCCCAUGCCCACCUCGUUCUGGUAGGUCUUACUACACCCAUAACUGUUUCAAAGCCAGAGGACCUGUUCAUCCUUACACCAGAGGUUGCUCUCGGAUCACACGUUGCAGGAGGUGAAUAUAAUAUUAUGCAAUAUGAUCGAAGUUGUUUAUUUGGGUUUUAAUUUGUUUAAUUAAUCUUGUUUUGUUGGGUUGGAAAUUGGGAAUGUAUAAGAAUGUUGGGAGAUCUAAGAAUGUGGAACUGAUUUUUUCUUUUUUUUUCCUUUUUUCCUUUUUUUUUUUCUUUUUGGGGUAUAUUAGUGUGUUUGAGUGUGUCAUAGACUCAUAGCUACGCAUCAAUUCGUUGCUGGCUUAAUUUUAAUGGUGUAUUGUUAUUGUUGGCACUAUUAUUUCUAUGCGAAAGAGACAUUAUGUUCA